AUGCCGGAACCACAGCACGCCAACCAACUCGAGGACCAUACUGUGAACGACGGACCGCCCCGUAUCCAUCAUACACAGGUGCUCUCGAGGGUUAGGGUUCGUAGGGAGGGCAAUUCCCUUUCCACGUUCCCCAUCCUCAGCAUCUUCCUCGCCCGUCACCAAACUAGACAGGCGAGAGACCGGUGGGACAGUGGUCUUAUUCUUUUAUCUGCUCUAUCAGAAACGGAGUAUGAACGGCUGCCUCGAUUGUUUGAUCUGGAGAACUAUGAGAAAUGCUUGGAAGACCCUGGAGGCAUCUACUGCGUGGCCAAUUUAGAACUCUAUGCUGACUCAAAAAAUGAGCUGUACACGCUUAUCCAGGAGUAUUCCGAGUAUACAUUAAAACACUACAACUAUUCAAAAAUAGACAGAGGCGUCUGUGUAACGCAGACAUGCAAGUCAUACGCCAAGAAUGCCUUCUUAGAUAUAAACAGGGACCUACGACAGGUCCUUGAAGGAUGCCUCAACGAAACAAUUGUCAACAAGUACGAUUUAAUGGCAAGAAUGUAUAACAUGAACUGUGUGUCAGAAAAAGACAAGGAUCAACUUAAUUUAGACUACACUGAUUAUAUAUUUCUUGUCGUAUUUAUUAUUUUACUUGUGCUCUGCUUGGUCGGAAGCUAUUGUGAGAUCUACUCAAAUGAUAAAAAUAAUGAACUAAGUCACAAGAAAGUUUCAGGCAAAGAGGUUUUAUUAUGUUUCUCUAUCCCUCGAAACUACAAGGGAUUGACUACAAUAGGAGAAAGUGAUCCUAGGGUUAAUGUUUUCAAAAGUAUCCAUGCCCUUCGGACAAUAGUGACAUUCUUCACGGUGAAUGCACAUGCUGGGUUUAUAAUCGGCAACGCCUUUAGUACUGAUCCUCAUAGCUUUGAAAAGGCCUACGAAUAUGUAGACAGGCGGAUCGCGUUCAGCGGCACCAACAUAGUCCAGGUGUUCUUCUUCUUCACUGGCAUGCUGCUCACGUACUUCAUGCAGGUCGCCGCAGAGACGCGCCAGGUGACGUGGAACGUGAUACCGAAGAUUUUAUUCAUGAGAUGGUGGAGGUUAACACCCUCAGCAGCAAUGGCGGUAGCUUUCUCAGCGACCUGGAUGCGGCACCUCAGCAGUGGCCCGUUGUGGCACACCCACAUCACCCACGGCUCGUCGGCACAAUGCCGGCGGUUCUUCUGGGCCCACGUCCUGUAUCUCAACAACUACAUCCCUGAAGACACGUUUUGCGUCUUGCAGACAUGGUACAUAGCAGCAGACAUGCAGCUGUUCAUUGUGGGCGUGCUAAUACACUUUGCGAUCAGGAAUCGGAGCACGAGGUUUAAGAUAUCCACCCUGACCGCCCUCCUGCUGCUCGGGAUGGCCAGCCCAGCGCUGCACGUGUGGUGGUUGGAACUCGAUGCGUUUAUGAUGCAGAAACCUGAAUUAUACCGAACACUCUCCGACGGGAACUCCCGCAAGCUGCACAUGCUGGGCCAUAAUAACUUGUCCGGUUUCGUCAUUGGCCUGGCUGCCGGCUACUUGGUCUACUACUUGCAACAGAAGAAACUCGAAUAUCCUAAUUUUAAGAUCGGUAACUUCAUCUGCUGGUGUUCAAUACCGCUGUACAUUCUGUUGGUAUACUGCGGCAGUCUGUUUUAUAUCGACGGUGAACGUCCGUCCAUUGCGCUCAGAAUGUUGUACGCGGGAACUAAUAGAGCCAUCGUUAGUUUCCUUGUGGCAUUUGCGAUAGUGGGAGCUACGUUGAAAUUUAAUGGAAUGUCUAAGGCCGUUAUGGAGUGGCCGGGCUGGGUGCUGCCGAGCCGGCUCUCGUACAGCGUGUAUUUGCUGCACACUGUAUUCAUUGAGCUAAGCUUAGGAAUCCGAACUCAGCUGACGCCUGUGUCUUUCUAUAAUACGUUCCUCAUGGCCGUAGGGGUGUUCGUAGUGACUCACGUGGUAGCGGUGCCCUUCCACCUCCUCGUAGAGGCGCCCACCAUCAAACUCAUCAAACUCACCUCCAGCGAGAAGACAGAAAAGAAGUCCAAUUAGUUAUUAGGAUGUUCUUUUAGUUUUCACUUUCGUACUUAAUAUUUUAGUUAAUUAAAUCGUAGUUAACAGGUAUAAUUUUUU